AACAGCGCAACACAAGUUCAGACGGACACAGAACCCGGAAGGAACCGCUUUAAAUUUAAAUAUCUGGAACUAGUAUUUUUUCCCUGUUAAAAGCAGGCUAGUUAUCUCACCCAAAAUGGAUGCACGCUCUCUCCCUUUGCUGAAUAAGAACGACCAGCGUUUUCACCUGGAAGUGGAAAACAGGCUGAAAAAUAUUUUUGUAACGCAGUUAGAGGACCACGGUCUUCCUCAUAGCAGAGAAGAGGGAAAGAAUGUCAAACACAUCCCUGUCAUAACAGAGUCAUCUGACAGAAUCCUGAAAACGGGUAUCAACACUCUUCAAAAGACGCUUGUGCUGAAGACGCAGGUGCAACUGGAUGAUGUAAACAGGCAGUUACUGCAGAAACGGCUUGAGUUCAAAGAUCGAAUGCAAGCUCUGGAACAGAGAAGGGCAGCACUUCUGGAAAAACAGGAGGAAACGAAAGAGAGGGCAAUGAAGUUUGAAAAGUUUGUGGAAGAAAAUGAGGUAAAGCGACGCCGUGCUCUGAAGAAAUACCAACUAGAGAAAAAAGAGAAUGAACUGAGGGAGGAGGAGAAAUCCAAACUAUAUGAAGAACUUGAGCAGCUUCAGCUCAGGCAUCAGCAACUAAAAGAACGAGUUGAUAAAUAUAAGAUUUAUGAAGAGUAUAUGAUGAAGAUUCUAGAUUUACUACCAGAGGCUUAUUUAGAAUAUGGCUCAGAUUCUUUGGUGAUGCCCAUCAUCAGACGCCAUGAGACCUUGUCCAUCACUCAGCAGGACUUGUUGCAACGUCUCACCAGUCUGGCAGAGGAACUAGACCAGGGCCGAUGCAACCUGGACUCACUUAAACUGGAGCACAGCACAAGCAGACUUAUGUCCAAUAAGGAGUUGUCAGAACUGCGGACCCAGUGGGAUCAAAUCAGAGAGAAGAAUAAACAACUGGAGAUGACCCUGUAUAUUCAACAUGACCAGUCUGUAGACCAGAUUGAGGAGAUUGGGUGUCUUUUGCUAGCGGUCAAAAAUCUUGCACAGCAAUGCCACCUGCAACACUAUGGACCUUUACAAAAAAUGGACUCGCUGACCAUGAUGGACAUGAUAAAGGAGUUCAUUCUGGAGACUGUGGAUACAGAGAGGAGAGCACUGCAGAUAACAGACUCCAGUUCAGAACCGAUGAAGAGGAGCAGACACAGAGGAAGUAAAGGACCAGCCCUGACUAUGGACGAGUCCACAUUAGUCUCCAUCAAGGAGGCAACUUCUGCUCAGACACUGGAAGAGUCAAAAGCGGAAAAAUACCAGGACAUCUGCCACCAGUUUGGGUUCAUCCGCAGAGUAAAGGGAGACGGGAAUUGUUUUUACAGGGCUCUCUGCUUUACACUUGUAGAAAGCUUGCUACACAAUGAAAGCGCUAUACAACGAUUUAGGGACAUGCUGGUAAGAAGUCACCAAGUACUGCUUGCAGCUGGCUUUGAUGAAAGUACUUUUAAAGAUUUAUUUAACACUUUUAACAGGGUACUGGAGCGAAUUGAAACAGAUGCCCGUGAAGAGACCCUGUUAAACCUUUUUAAUGACCAGGCUACCUCAGACAGCAUGGUGCAGUACCUGAGGCUGCUCACUUCAGCACACCUACAGAGCCAUGCUGAUUUCUUCCAGCACUUUGUGGAGGCUCCAAAUUUAAAAGCUUACUGCACUCAGGAAGUAGAAGCCAUGGCGAUGGAAUGUGAUCAUGUGGAGAUCCUGGCUUUAUCUGAGGAGUUGGACAUUAGUCUGUGUAUUAUAUCCAUGGAUGGCAGUGAUGGCCACCUUACAUACCACACCAUUCCAGAGGGAUCUCAACCUUCCCUGUAUCUUCUUUACAAGACAUCUCAUUAUGACAUUCUUUACAAACACAGAGGGCAUUGGAAAUAAUGCUUGGACCAAACAGUCUGGAACCAAAUGUUGGACAGCCAUCUUCUGCAAGUGAAUAUUUCCUUAAAAUCAUGCAAAUGGACAAUAACAAUCUUCAAACAUUUUUAUACAAUUUUCCCAACUGACCAUAAACAAGUAACUGUACUGUUAUGGUGGCAAUGUCCUAAUACAAAAAUGCAUAAAGACAGUUCAUGUAUCACUAAUGGAACAAAGGGUCUUGUUCUUUUGUAUAAAACUUUGAAUUAUAUCACCAACCUCUAGUAUAAAUAUAAACUACAUUUGCUGCC